GUAUCGUACCUUCUGCUUUUUUCCGCGUCAGAUUCGCUAACCCUGCUUGAUCUUAGAUGGCGUGGUCCUAGUCGCCAGUCGUCGCAACGCCACUCUGGCAAUGGAAACCGUGACCGGGGAGCGGGUGGACAAGGUGGUGCCCAGAGUGGCUCCCAAGGUGGUUCUCAAUGUGGAAGUAAUGCCUGGGGUGGCUCUGGCCCAGUCCAGGACCUACAUGUCUCCGUCCGGGGCUUCAAUGCUGCCGAGGCCAAAAAUGUUCUGAAGAGAGGUAGGAAAGGGACAAGUCAUGUCCUGAAGGUAAGUGCCUACAGUGCAUACCCCACUAUCGCAAAUGUAUCGGGUUCUAAUGGAUAUGCCGUCGCAGAAACCAAGCCAAUCUUCUACAAGCCGACCGGCAAAGACACGAAUAACCAACGAUCAGGCGGUCCUUGGGGUGCUAAAUCGAACACGAUGGCCAAUGGGAAGGACUUCUUCAUCGAACUACGAAAACAAGUGGCAUCCCUGCAAAAGAGCGGACCUCCUGUCGGAGGCUGA